AAUUUUAUUUUCCAUACAUCGGAGCAGUUUAACUUGGAUGUCGUAUGCUUUUACGACACAUUUAGUCGCAACUCUGCAGAUACGGUAUACAUCUAAAUACUUUUUUAAUCAUUAAACCUCAGAGAAUAAGUAGAAGCACUUGUUUGUGUCUGUUGUACUGUUAUUGUGUGCUGGUCUCCGGUUUCAGAAACUCAUCUAGUUAACACCCGUAGAGUAAGACUUGAUGUUACCGCGGAUGGGAAAAGCAAAUUAUAUGUCUGAGCCACACUGCCUCUGACGCUGUCACAAAUAUCACGUUACUUAAUCAAAAUCACACACUUGCAAUGUGAUCUUUCGCAGGAGAUGGGGGCAUCGCAUAGCCGCCAACCAACCUUGACUGCAUUUUUAAUUGUUGACAGUGAAGUUCGGGGAUCACAUUUCUUUCCUGAUCCCUGUCGAGUGUAGCCAAUGAGGAAAAAAAAGAAUCCUCCGGCCGAGAGACGUCAGCCAAUGGGAACCACGUUGAUAGGCAGAUUUGCGGAGUGGGCGUGGCCUCUCAGCUGUUCAACGAGGUGGGGUUGAAUCCACCAAUGAGAUAAAUCACUCCCAAGUCCAAGGGCUGUACGUGUGAUCGAUAGCUGAACAGAGCCAAUCAGCACCGGCGUUCAGCGUCAAAGCAGCCAAUCGCUUAGCCGUCUGGGGGAGGUAGGUGGUGUGAAGUGAAUCUCCACCCUCAAAGCCGCUUAACUCCUAUGUGCUGUUUGGUGCUUGGAUAUCGCUUGCUGCUGGCUUAGUGGGUUGUGCGUGUUUACAUUACCUUUGUGGUUUGAGAGGGACCGCUCGCAAAAACCGGCCUGGCAUUUAUGGACGUUUUUUUUAAAUAAAAAAACAUAUAUAUUUUCAAGCGCUUUCGCUCCCUCGACUUCCCGUGAACGAUGCGCCUCCCGAUCCCCCGCAGCCGCUGCGUGGUGUUCUUCCUGUUCCCACUGGCGCUGUGCGUGGAUUUCCGCGACAGAGCCAGCCGCGGGGUGCAGUCCACGUUCGUCAAGACCGGGAGGCUGGAGGAUGUCUUCAGCUUCCCCUGGCCGUCGAGCGCGGAGUCGCCCGGGGGCUCCGGGCAGCACAGGGUGAGCCGGAGGAGCGCGGACAAAGCCGACAGCUGCAGAGCCCUCCAAGGAUACGAGUCCAGGCUGGGCAGCAACACGCACACCUACAUCUUCAAUGACCUGAGCGGCUCCGUGUCCCUGGCCUGGGUGGGGGACGGCACUGGGGUGGUGUUGGCGCUGACCACUUUCCAGGUGCCCUUCUUCCUAGUGAGGUUCGGCCAGUCGAAGUUGUACAGGAGUGAGAAUUAUGGGAAGACGUUUCAGGAUGUGACGGGACUCAUUAACAAUACCUUCAUCCGAACUGAGUUCGGCAUCGCCAUUGGCCCAGAGAACUCUGGGAAGGUCAUUCUCACAGGAGAAGUAUCGGGAAGCAAAGGAUCCAGGAUUUUCCGCUCAGUGGAUUUCGGGAACAAGUUCUCCCGCACAGACGUGCCGUUCCUCCCACUGACGCAGAUCUCCUACAACCCCUGGAACGCCAGCGUGCUGCUGGUCAUCAGCAUCAAGAAUGAGCUGUGGCUUUCUGAAGACUUCGGGGAGACCUGGAGGAACGUUCACGGGACCGUCUGCCUGGUGAAAUGGGGUCCAGAGAACAACAUCUUCUUCACCACCAGCCCCAAUGGAUCCUGCUUUGACCGGGGCUCACUGGAGCUGAAGAAGACAACGGAUUUCGGGAGGACCUUCAAGACCAUCGGCACCAAGAUCUACUCGUUCGGCCUGGGGGGCCGCUUCGUCUUCGCUUCGGUCAUGACCGGAAAGGGGACCCUCAGGAUGAUCCACGUGUCGACGGACUGGGGCGAGAGCUGGAACAUGGCCCAGCUGCCCCACGUCAGCCACGAGCAGUUCUACUCCAUCCUGGCUGCCGGCGACGACAUGGUCUUCAUGCACGUGGACGAGCCAGGAGACACGGGCAUCGGCACCGUCUUUGUCUCCGACGACCGCGGCACCGUCUACUCCAAGUCCCUGGAGCGCCACCUCUACACCACCACAGGGGGCGACACCGACUUCACCAACGUCACCUCGCUGAGGGGAGUCUACAUGACCAGCGUGCUGGCCGAGGACGGCUCGGUGCAGACAGUCAUCUCCUUCGACCAGGGCGGGGAGUGGAAACCCCUCCAGAAACCGGCGAACAGCGAAUGCGACUCCACCGCCAAGAACCGAGAGAUGUGCAGCCUUCACAUCCAUGCCUCCUACAGCAUCUCUCAGAAGCUGAACGUUCCCAUGCUGCCUCUGUCGGAGCCAAACGCCGUGGGGCUGAUCAUUGCACAUGGGAGCGUCGGGGAUGCCAUCUCGGUGAUGAGCCCUGACGUGUACGUGUCCGACGAUGGGGGUUACUCUUGGAUCCGCGCGCUGAACGGGCCCCACCACUACGCCAUCCUGGACUCGGGGGGCUUGCUGGUGGCUGUCGAGCACACGAGCCAGCCCAUCAACACGAUAAAGUUUUCCACAGACGAGGGCCAGUGCUGGCACAACUACACCUUCACCAACUCCUCUCUCUACUUCACUGGCCUGGCGUCCGAGCCGGGGGCGCGCUCUAUGAACGUCAGCAUCUGGGGCUACCGGGAGUCACUGCUGAGCCAGUACUGGGUCUCCAUCACCAUUGACUUCAACGACCUGCUGACACGGGACUGUGGCGAGAAAGAUUACGUGGAGUGGCUCGCGCACUCGGACGACCUCAGCGACCCCAACGACGGCUGCAUGCUGGGCUACAAGGAGAAGUUCCUGCGGCUCCGCAAGGACUCUGUGUGCUGGAAUGGCCGCGACUACGUCGUCAAUAAGCAGCCCACCCCCUGUCCCUGCACGCUGGACGACUUCCAGUGUGACUUCGGAUACUACCGUCCAGAGAACAGCUCCGAGUGCCUGGAGGAGCCGGACCUCAAGGGCCAGGUGCUGGAGUUCUGUCUGCAUGGGAAACAGGAGCAGCUUCAGACCAGCGGAUACCGGAAGAUCCCUGGGGACAAGUGUGAAGGUGGGACUCUGCCCCAGAGGAAGUUGAUAGACCUCAGCAAAAACUGCGUCAGUAAUCUUCUGGGGCCGGAGCAGCUGACAGCAGCUCCCUCCUUCAGCUCGGCGCCCAUAGUGGCCGCAGUCAUCGCCAUCCUGCUGGUCAGUGUGGUGGCAGGGGUGCUGUUCAUCAAGAAAUACGUCUGUGGUGGGAGGUUCCUGGUGCACAGAUACUCCAUCCUGCGGCAGCAUGCUGAGGCCAAUGGCAUCGAAGGUGUGGACGAGCUGGACGCCCACGUGGCCGAGACAGGCAAGAGGGACUAUCACGACGACUCGGAUGAGGACCUACUAGAGUAAAGAGUGGAGGGGGGGCCCUGAGGCCACUGUAGUGGACAGCUAAGCCCAGCCUCAGCUCACUAUCUGUCUGACUGUCUGUCUCUGAGCCUGACCGGGAAGUCCUUCUGCUCCAGCUGACCAAAGACCCCCUUCCUCCCCCCCACCCUUGUCUCCAGAUACAGCCACACGGCGUUCCCGAACACAGUCACACAGUCAGGAGGCUCAGCAGGUGGUGUGGGAUCUCCGUUUAGUAUACAGUAUAAAAGGAAAGUAUGUUUUAUUUGCUUGCAGCUUUCCAUUUCUUUGUUUGCUUUUCCUGCUCUUACCUUGGACUCUGUGACAAUGGGGGAGUAAUGCUGCUGCAGGUCAAGGACCCAGGAGGGACAGACAGAUGGACGGACAUGUCUCUCCUCUGGAGAGGCAUGAAGGCAGGCCCUGCUGGGACUGGCAGCGUUGUUCUUGCAGGGAGACGACCCCCUGCUCGGGUGAAUCAAACAGCUUCUUGGGGGAUCCAUUGUGGUGAGGCUAGAUAAUUGUAGCUUUCCUGUUACGCUACAGUUUUUUUUUCUCUGCAUCAAAACAGACAAGACGGAGGGUAAAUGAACCCUCAUAAGCAACCUCUGGGGUGAGCAUUCACCCCCGCACCUGAGAAAUCACAUGCUUUCACCACCUUAGUAGAUAACUUUUGGGGUACUGAUUUAGUGUAAUUUUCUGCAGUGCCAGGAAUGUGAAUCCACGUUCGGCAUCGUUUCUUAAAGGAGUAAUAAAAUGCAUCAUGAUAAAUGGGUUGUUUUAGCUCACCCUAUGGAUAAAUUGUUGCUGUGAUGAGCCACAUUUUGAAUGCAUUUAAAAAUAAUUAUAGUCACAAAUUGAGUUUUUGAAAACAGAAAUCUGUUACUCAUUUUAUUUCUUUUUAAUUUGUCCAUAUGCACUAGGUAUUCAAUUAUUACUUUACUCCACAAUACUUUAUUAACGCUUGUCAGGGUAUUAUCCUGAAAAAAGACUCGUGAAAUGUCGACAAGUGUUAAUAAAUAGGUUUGGAGUAGAAUGUGUGCCAGUUGACUUUGUACUUUGACAGAUUUUUACUGGACAAGAUCUCAGUACCUUCUGAGUGUGCACUUUUUAUCGUUUUUAAGUAUUGUCUCAUGCGGUACGGAUCCCAACUUUGUCAUCUUUCAGGCGACGUCGUAAGUGGGCAAUAAUAAAGCGCAGCCUGGCGUGAGUGUCAAAAGAAAGAUUUGUGUUGGUGAAAACUCUGCAACUGCAGUCCACACGGGAGCAGUGUAUCGGGGUACACUCGAGUGCAGGGUAGGCUCUCGGCUGAAGGUUAGGGGGUUCAAGGCUUAAUUCUCAGAUGUACGGAGAUACAUAGCUACCCUCCUGAAGGUGACCUUACACGCCAGAGUAAUGUGGAGUUGGUAGAAACAGUCUUAAGCAAUAAAAAUUGUGAAGGAUAUAUAUAUCUAUCUAUCGUGGUGCGUGUGUGGACCGUUCAGUCCAGCAGCACUCUUAGUCCAUGUUGUGUGUGUUUGAUGUGUAAUAAAUCGGCAGGGUUUGACGCUGGUGGUAGUGCUAACGGGAGCCACAUCACUGACUGUCCCUCAUUGAUCUGGCCAGAAGCUCAGAUGCUGCACCUGGAGACCAGGACAGUUAAAGUAAACAGCUGGGACCACACAGACAGUGGGAGAACAGGUGCUUGCGGCCAUGUCAUGUCAAAGACAUGCCGCAAGGAAACUGGACAAUAAUGUUGGUGGGAUGUGGAGGGGCUUAUUUUAAUACAGCAAAAUCAGCUUUGUCUUUCUUUUGUCACAUCUGUUCUACGCCCCUCGUAAGGAUUUUGUGAUGGCAGAAUGUUGUAGCAUGAUGAAGCAUUUCCCAGUCUUGUUCCUUGAGUGGACCUGUCUCUCCUGGAUUUGUUCCAACUGAGCUUUGUUAGGGUGGCUCUUAAAUCUCUUCAACUGAACUGUUUGCUGGUGUUGUUAAAACUGCGGCUGUUCUUCAAUAGUAGAACAAAGUUAGAAGUUGGUGUGAACCCCGAGUGCUAGAUGUUGGCUCUCUGAGGUUUGUUUCAGUGACUUGGUUGAAAGCAGUUCAAGUAAGUAGCUGCGUAAGCAUACAUAGGCUGCAAAGGAACAGGUAAAGGCUUAUUCCAUGCUAAAAAAAAGAGCAGUUUGGCUGUGGAGCCUUCUUUGGGCAUCUCCUUUUCUUUUUCUUUCAGCGUGAAAUAAACCUUUACCUGUUCCUUUGGCUGAAAGUAACCAAGUUCAUUGAAAAAUAAGUUAUUUAGAAAGAAGGAGAAAAGCAAGGAAAGAAGAGUUGUGCUCUCUCCUCUGUGAGGUACACAAAGGAGAUUUGUGAGACUGUUAAGUGCAGAAAAAUGAAGAAUCAAUCUGUUGAUUUAAUUAUGGGUAUACGUUUAACUGAUCAGGAGCUCAGCUGGAUUGCAAACCAGAAGAUAAAGUGGUCUCCAGGAGAAGGGGGGAAAUGCUAGCCUAAUGCUUCUGGGAGGACAAUAACAUACAGUAACUGUUGCCCUGACUAUAUUCUAAAAAUAUUUGUCCUAGUUUGGCUGUUAAGAGAACUCCUGCUUUGAGAAACGACGCAAAGAGAGUGGCUAGCUGUAGUGCCAUCCAACAGAAUGUUACACUAAAAGGGCCUGUGUGAGAACAACUGGUACUGCACUGUCACUGCGUUGUACUCUAUUAACUGAUCAUCACUGCCUGGGAGGAACAACUUCCUGUUUGGCACACAUAUGAACAGGGGACAUACAUAGAAGCUUGCUGUUGUCUGCUGUGUCGACAGUCUUCCCAGAAGCACAAAUCUUCUUGACUUAUUUCCAUUCUUAUUUCUGUCACAUGGGUGAGGCUGAGCACAUGUGUGGUAGGUGAAAUUUCUAGUCAGAUUUGUAGCACUGACGGGAACCCUUUUUGCCAGAGGAUUGUUGCAGGGGGGAGGUUUAAGCUAUUGCACUUAGUAUAUGUUAAUCACUUAAAAGCAUCUAAAGAAACUGUUGGACGAUAUAAAUAUGACAAACAUACCUUGCCUUUUUUAUUGGAGUAUGGUUAUAGUACAUGCACAUUUAGAUAAUAGUUAUGACUGUAGUAGUUAUAAAUAUGUAUUACACAUACUACUUGGGCCAAAAACACUCAGCCUAUUGUCAGAACUUCCAACUGAGGUACUUAAGGGUGCAGAAAGGAUUUCAUUGUAUGCAAAUAAUGUUUUAAUAAUGACAGUAACGAUUCAAAUUACUGGUGGAAGCAAACAUGAUUACAAACAAGUUAACAAACAUAUAUAUAAGAGGAUAUAUGGAGUAGUCUGACAAUCCGUUUUUUUUCCUCUUCUGUGGUUGUGUGUGAAGCACUAAUAAAAACCUGUAAUGACCUGAAACUACCAAUAGAGAAAAUGACAAUGUUUGGUAUGCCGUUCCCUUGCAGAAGGGGGUGCUGUCAGUUCUGUUCCAAGUCCUCUAGGGCAGUGGUUCUCAAAGUGUGGUUCGCAGACCACCAGUGGUCUGGGAGUGUGUGCCAAGUGGUCCGCGGGCUGACCUAAUCAUGACCUAAUCACCUAAAGCAAGUCUAUGCUAUUUCAGAGGAAAGAAUAUUGUAGUGCUCGCUACGAAGGGGCUCCCCUAGGAGCACUGUUAAGAACUGCAAGCUGUAAAAAGUGGAAGGAGGGACUUGUAUGUUGGUUCUAGGUAUCAGGAUUUCACCAGCCGUUAAGGGGACUGUUUGUGUCAGUAAUGGGGCGAGCACCAGUGUAGUUGUAGACUUGGCUGACUUGAAGGUCUGCCGAAAGGGCAAAGUUCCCAUUCAUUCUCCUUGGCUGUACCCUUCUGUUCCCUUUUGUGUUUUAACUAAACUUGAGUUAUGGCGGACCAGCUCGCCUCUUCAUUCUCCCCAUCAGCGCCUAUCGGUUCAGUAUUUUAGUUUUAUGCACCACGAAUGAAAUGAUGUCACACACACAGUCUAUUGUCGUUAGUGAUGCACGGGUCAAUUUAAAAUGCUGAAAGUACUGCCCUGAAGCCGGUCCGAACCCGCUCCAUUAGAAAUUACACCGAACAAUAUUCAAACAUUCAAUUGAUCAACAUUUAUUGAAACAGCAUAUCCAGCUUCCUUGUUUUAAACAGACUAACGUAGCCUAGUCUAGUGACUGUCAUUUGUGUAAAGUGCUUCACAAUCGAUGAGUAACCUGUGCUUUUUUACUCUGUUGUGCUGACUAGCUCCCCAAACGUCUCCCACCUGGCUCUUUUUUCGCUCUCUCUUAUUUUUAUCUCGCUGUUCUGGAGUUGUGUCCUGAUCUGCUCUAACAAGGUUGCCAUUAUGUUUUUUUCUUUGUAAUACAUUGUGUUCUGUUUGUUUACGUUUUCUCCCAAUUUGCCUUGUGAUGCAACAUAUAGGGGCUUAAAAUGGUAAACCGUCAGUUUUAAACCUUAAAAUCACUUUAAUUUAAUAUACAAAUUAUCAGUUUUCUGCAAUAUUUUGCUUUUGGUCAUAUAUCAAUCCACACCCGCCCAACCCGAUCUAAAAUAUAUUUUGAACCCGAGUCAACCUGCACAUCACUAGUUGUCAUGAUUGAGUCGUUACGCCAUUUACGUUUUGAUAUGUGAGUGUGGUUUGAUUGUUGCGCUUAUUAUUGUUUGUACCAUUUUGAGUUUGAAAGUUCAAAGUGUAAUUUAAAGAAGCAGUCAAAGCAGAAGGGUUAUUAUGGAUCACUGGCUCAAAUCUGGGACUCUGAAAUGCAAAUAUAGCGAUGAUAGUGACAGGGCAAGUGCGAGUAAGAUGCAGAAUAGAAGUGAAAAUGCAAGUGAGGUAAUUUGUGAACCAUACCAGCAGUGCUGUAAUUCUAAUUCCAACAGCUUGAUAAAUGUGAUGUGCAAGGAAGCAGAAGGUGUGCUUGAUGUGAUGUCUGCGUCUGCUUCCGGACGUGAGACUAAAGUUGUCCAGCUUGGAUCCAGAUAUCACUUCUCUGAUUGCACAACAAAAGCAGCUCCAUUCUUCACAUGAACUUUUUAAGUAAUAAAAAGAGUUGCAAAAUACGCAGCUUUGAUGGUAAAAAUAUUGGUACUUUUCAUCAAAUUUAAUUCAAUAUUAGUUAUUUUUAGUAAAUUGAUAGGUGGUGAUUUUUACAGGGGAAAAAGUGGCAUAGGCGGUCCUACGCAUCUGUGACCUGGUGUAAGCGGUCUGCGGACCAUAGAACUUUGAGAACCACUGCUCUAGGGGAUCAUGGGUCUGGACUUCUGCCAGCUGCCAUGCUGCGGUACUGUGGUUCUCUUAGCCUUAACUGGUAGAGGUGGGCACAACAACGGGUGCCAUCUGGACACGAAUACACUACAUCUCGGACCUCACGCAUCCAAGUCUUAAGUUCCAAAAAAGCUUCCUUGGAGAGCAAGCAGCCUUUUAAAAGACUCAGCAUUUUGAUUACAUUCUCAAGCUUUUGUAGCUGGGUCUCAUGGUGUUUCACACUGUUGUUUUUUUCUUUUCACUUUCUGUGCUUGUAAUGUCUGAACGGCUGGAAGAUGAUCUCGAAUCCAAGUUAACCAGGAGGCAGAACGUGUGUUUUUGUUAUGACUGCUGCUUUCCAGACAGUCCUACCCUCCCCACACAUGCCUUGGGGGCUGGGAGGCCUAAGCCUUUGUAGAUCACAGCCUCUCGUGAGCCUGGGUUGCGUUUCAACGUCUGUCCAACUCUUUGUGGUCUGGACACACCUUCUGCAGCCUCGUGUGCAUGAAAAGUAACGUUUCUUUUGUGGCCAAACGGGCAGAAGGGGCUUAAGGCUGUCUGCUCAAACCCCACCAGCCCACACAGCCAGGCAGGCACAGAUGCAACUGUGUCCCCAGGGAAUGCAGGCUCGUGUACCCACUGAAGACUCGGAGAGGCAGGGUGGCGCGAUGUCCCUUACACUAUUAUGGCAUCGGCUCAGCCUGUCAGCGUGUGAAUGUACUUCAUUUUGUUUUCUUUAGCUCACCUUGCAAAAGUGCCUGUGUGAAAAAUACCUGUGUCCUGUAGACCAUGAAAGCAGUUAAAACUGGUUUAGUAAUGACUUAAAGAGCAUGAAAACUGACACAAUUACCUAUUACCUAGUACCCUAACAGUUGAUCUGUAGCUUAUUUGAUUUGUUCCAAACUGACCUUUUUUGGGACAAAAACUGAUUUCAUAUUUCCGUGGACUUGGAUAUUUUUUUUGCCUGUAUGUACUCUUCUGCAGUACUGGAGUUAAGGCAUGUUUGAUUGAAGAAGGCAUCUCCAAGGUCUUGUUGUGGCUCUGAAAGAAUCCCUCUGUAGGGAAAGAUGCACCCAGCUCCUGUCCCCAAAGGCCACAGUCCAGCAGCAUUGUGUUCAACCUGCCCAAAUGAUGAGCUUCAAUGGGUAAAUAAAUCUGGGGGUGGGGGACAAAAACCAGUAAUGGACAGCCCUAGGCUAGUACAAAAGAAAUACCAAGUACCCAGAAUCUUGGGGGUGGAAGAACAGGGAAGAUCAUGACCGCCUUGCAGGAAGCGAGGUGGAAGGUUCCGCACCAAGCCCCUCAUCAAUAUGGCUGCAAAGCUGGCAUCUUUGUCCCUUGCUUACUUCCGCUUACUUAGUUCCUAGAACUUGCACAGGCGUGCAGAUCUGGUUCAGUCCGACACACAGCCCUCCUUCAGGAACAAAGCGGCUUUCAGCAAGCCUCACAUGCUGCUUCUCACACCCUCCAGAGCAGUGAUCUAAGUAAUGCGUUCCACAUUUCAGAUGUAGAGGACAUACGCUUUGGGAGUUUUCAGAGAAGGGGGAAUUAUUAAUAAAUAAUUUUGUUUCCUGGAGUCUGGUGAGAGUAAAGAUAAUUCAUUUUUGAAUAAUUAUACCAGAGGUGCACAGCUCCUGUGCUGACAUGGGGUGGGGCCUGUAGGUGUUUGUACAAACUCUUCAGUGAUCUCAAUGAUUUCCUGUUAACGUUAACUUGAACUGAUCCAAUAGUAGUUCACCUGUUGAUUUUUGUAGAGACUUGGAAAACCUGCUGGAUUCCUUCCCUCAAGUACUGGAGUUGUUCAUUUUUGCAUUUUUACCAUAUUAGCUUAUCAACAGGCUUUAUACCCCUCUUCCUCAUUCAUGGCUGACGGAGGGUGGAUGAGAAUGGAAUCUCAAGAUGUUGGGGUUGGGUUUCUGAUAAAAGUGCCAGCUAUGGAAAAGCUGUAAUGAAGACAGAGGAAACUGUUUUCCAUUCUUUCUCUGUAAUUGUAUGUAGAUAGGGUUAAAUGUGGUCGCUACAUAAAAUGACUGUUCUACCUUU